UGGACAUUUGAACUGUCUCCGGUGCUGCGUUUCUUCGUGUUGUUUUCUCUAUUCUGUGUCCGUAUUUUAUUAACUGCUGGUUGUCCAUAAAUAUCUUGUAAAAUUCCGAGUCGGAGGGGUUGUUUCUGAUUUAUGUUCUUUAUUAGAAUGUAUUAAUUAUUGGUACUAUUAACUUUACACGAUUGUAGUAAAUGGAUUUAUUUAAUGGCCCGCAAUGACGCUUGCCACACGGCAAGAGGUUCUGUCACUGUAUAGGAGGAUACUGCGAAUUGCUCGGAGCUGGCAUACCCACUGUGUGCGUCCACAUGACACGGAAAUUGAGAAAAACUACAUUGUUCAGGAGUCUAGGACACUCUUCCGGCAAAAUAAACAGUUAACUGAUGCUGAAUCCAUCAGGAAAUGCAUAGAAGAAUGUCAAGCUAGGAUUGAAAUUGGUCUUCACUACCAGAAUCCAUAUCCAAGGCCUAUCCACAUUCCACCAAUGGGACUUGCCAGUCAGAAGGGGAGGCGUCUUCGCACUCAGGAGAGGCUGAGGAAGCAGGCCAAACCUAUUUAUUUAAAGUCACAUGAUGAAACGUGAAAUGCCGCAGGUUGGGGUAGAUCUGUUCAGGUGCUGAGUCAGAAUGUUAGCCCUGUAAGUCUUCUUCACAAUACACUAGUACGCAUGUUAAGUGUAUGCUUACAUCCAAAUUAACCGCACAUGGAUUAAGGAACUGUAUUAUCUGUUUAUUCUCAAUUUGAAGUGUGUAAUAUAUUGGUAUGCUUGUUAAUAAUAUGCCAUCAUUUGAUCAGACCAAUGACAGCCAUUUACAAUGGUGUACAUUUUUUAUAUAAAUGAUGCCUCUCUGGUAUUCAAGAGUAAAAUUGGGACUCUUAUUCAGGAAAUAUUUAGAUUGAGGAAAAGGGAUAAAAUGAACUGCGCUAUUCAUCUCUUAGGCAAGGCAGCCUGCAAUUUUAUUAGCCUGUGUAAAGAGACUCAUAUAUUCAUAUUUUAAAGAUAAAACGAUAACCUUGUACCUUUA